AUGAAAAUAUUUACCUACGACAUUAUAGAACGCCAUUUAAACACCAUCGGAGAGGGAAAUGAAGUUGACGAAGCUCUGACAUUGCCGAUAAUCAGCCAAGACAUACUCGGAAUCAAUGUCAUAAACAAAAGUUGGAGUUGGAAGACCACAAUGGGCAGACAAAUCAUGUUCGUCCUCCUAACUAUUUACGCCAGUUUAUGUUGCUUGGACUUUGUCAAAGAUGCGACGGAUGCCGCGUCCAUUAAUCAGGCUUACUUCGGAAUGCUAUAUACGUUGUUGAUACAGUUAAAAAUCUUCCUGUUGAUCAACAGUCGAGAGAAUUUCAAAAAGUCCUACCUAAUUGCGAAGACAGCGCUGUUUGAAAUCGUCAAGUCUGACUCCUUGGAUAAGUCGGCGAAAUUGUUGAAACAAUUUAAAUCGAUGGUGUACAUAUUUGUUGGUGUUGUAAUAGUACCCCUGGCAGGAUACAUGAUAAAUGUCGGCUGGCAUUAUUUUAUACUGGGCACGAGGAUUAAUCUGAUAACUCAUUCGUCGUUAUUCCCGAUGACAAGUCCAUACUAUGAAUUCGGAUUGAUUUACCAGACGAUCAUUUAUUUUUUAUUACUAAUCCCUUGUUUUGUAGUAGAUUUCUGGUUCGUAAUCUUCAUAUUUACUUUCUGUACGGCCAGCGAAAGUUUAGUGGAAAUGUUGAAGGUUCAACACGACUCUGAUGAAAGUGAAAUGGAAUACAAGAAUCGGCUCAACGACACGCUCAAGGCUUUUUAUGGGAAUCAUGUUAAAUUGGUCGAGUUUUUCAAUAUUCUGAAUAGCAUGUACAAGUGGCAAGCUGUUAUCCCGCUGUUUAGCGCCUUCGCCACUAUUUGUGUGUUGCUGUUCACGAUGGCAGAGGAUAUGCAAUGGCACUUCGUAAUGACACACGCGUCGCCCGCUUUCUUUCAAAUCUCUGCGUACAACUGGUUCGGGGAACAAGUCAUUUUUCAGGGAUGUGAACUCUGCAAUACUCUAAUGGAAUUCGACUGGACGAGCAUGCGACUAAAAGAUAAGAAGAACUAUUUCAUUAUAAUCGGUCAUAUGCACAAGGAAUUUAAGAUUACAACAGCGUUGGGAAAUGAUCUGUCUUUGCUGACUAUGAGCUCGUUACUCAAAGCGAGCUACCAGACAUGCGCAUUGCUCAGAUCAAUGGAUAUUUAAAAUAUACUUUCGACACAAACAUAUCUUUGCACAAAAAAAUGUACAG